UAUAAGCUCCCUGGCGAGCCUGGCAGUUUCUGCAAGGAGGAGGACUAACCCAUCUGCCUGCACAGGAAGGGCCAGGAGCAGAAUCGGCCAGGGAGCUGGCGGCGGCUGUGCCCCUGGACAGGGCUAUCUCCCAUUGGUUGGUCGUGUUGUUAUGGAAACGGGGGACGCUGCUGCUGCGGUGGUGCGUAGGAGCCAUUGCCGAAUUCCUCUAAUCAGCACUAUGACCAGCAGGAAGAAAGAAUUAGCUUUGCAGAUGGUUGUUAAUAAUCAGGAACUUUGGGAAGAAAUGCUGGGUUCCAAAGGUUUGAUUGUGGUAGAUGUUUAUCAGGGCUGGUGUGGACCAUGUAAAGCAGUAGUAAACCUCUUCAGGAAAAUCAGGAAUGAAUUUGGUGAUGACCUCCUUCGUUUUGCUGUGGCUGAAGUAGAUUCAGUUGAUGCCCUAGAGAAAUAUCGUGGAAAAUGUGAACCUACGUUUCUAUUUUAUGCUGGGGGUGAGUUGGUAGCAGUUGUAAGAGGAGCAAAUGCACCAUUGCUUCAGAAAACAAUUCAGGAGCAGCUAGAAGCAGAAAAGAAGGUCUUGGAUCAUGGAGCAGAUAGAGUGGUGAUCCAGGAUGAAGCGAUUCCUACAGAAGUGAGUACUGCCAUUGAGGGAGAGGAAGCAGAAGAUGGGGAAGAAGAGGAGGAGGAGGAAGCAGCAGCAGCAGCAGCAGCAGAUUAAUUCACCAAUUGAUGCUUUCUGGAACUGGCUUUCUCACUAUCAUUUGGAGCUGAAUGAGUAAUGUUACAGACAAGUUUUCUCUAAUAUAAGUGUAAAAAAUUAAAUGGCUACAUAUUGCCAUAAGCAACAGCAAUGUGUUUCAGGUAGUCUAUGAAAAGAAUUACAGAUGUUUAGGAAAGCCUUGUUACAAAUCUGACUAUCAGGUCAAUACUAUUCAAGACAGCAUAUAUGGACAGUAGGAGAGCUUUGCUGGGCUUAUCUCAUUCAAUAUCAGAUCAAAGGCUUAUUUAACCCUGCAUCCUGUUCCCCAUAUGUGUCUAUGGAAAGCUCAAAAGCUGAGUAAGAGCACAAUAGCUUUCUGCUGCAGUUGUUCCCCUAGAAUGGGCACUCUGAGCUAUGAUGUCUCUGAUCCUACAGGCAAUAUGCAAACAUCAUAAUCUGUAGCCACUGAUAGAUUUAUCUUCCAUCAUGAUGAUGAUGCGUGCCACACAGGUUUGUCAUGUACCUAGUGUGGUGUCCUCAGGUGCACUGGGGAAGACUAUCCUGUUGUCAUGUACAAUUGUCGGUCUAGUCAGCUUUUGUACAUGGGCACAUCAUCUUGUCCUGUGCCAGAGGCAGCAAAAUGUCUUGGGUCAGCCCUGACUCUGACUGACACCCUGGAUCAAAGGCUUUCCAUACAGAACAGAGCUGAUAUAACAGUUUUGCAAACCCUUUGGAUAUAUGUGAAUGAGCUAAACUGUAAACUUGCCGAAGAAACUGUAAACUUUCACAACAGAAAUGUUAUGAUUGAUCUUGCACAGUGUUGGUUUUGUCACUGGAAUCAAUUUUCUAAGCUUAGUAGGGACUCAAAGAUUUAUCAACAUGUGAAUUUACAGUGGCUGUGUUGAAUUCUGAUAUGUUGGCUCAUGCAAGACUUGCCGGAUUGGAAGUGUGACUUUUUGUGAGACAGGCAAACCACCUAACGCACGUUUGCUUCUUGUGGUUAUUAUUAUCAGUGACUUCUGCAUUUUCUGGCAAUGCUUUUCUCUUUGAGAAUACUUGCA